AUGGACGAGACCGGCGCCGCGGACGUCGCGGAGUUUUGCCGGCGCGAGGUCGAGCCCGUGAACCACGAGUGCGAGCAGGUCCAGAUCAUCGCGCUCACGGAGAUGCUCGAGAUCCCCGUGGCCAUCGAGUACCUCGACGGGAGCGGCACGCCCUCGAAGCUCGUCUUCCCCGAGGGCGCGAGCCCCGUCGUGAACCUGCUCUACCGGCCGGGCCACUACGACAUCCUCUACGAGGAGUAG